GACUCUCCAUUUCCAAAUUUCAAAUCCUUCGUUUUCUUACCCUGAGAAACAUCUCAUUACCUUCAGUGCGUUCUUCCUCGCAGUCUCUCCCCUGUCUACCAAUUAACCUUAUUUAUUUCAAUCUCCAACGAUAUUCAUGGCUUCCAAUACUUUAAGCACCACCACCCUGAACUAUGUUGUCACUAAGCCUGCCAUUUCACCAAGCAGAGCCUACGUUACCUUCUUGGCAGGUAACGGAGACUACAUCAAGGGCGCUGUGGGUCUGGCCAAGGGGCUUAAGAAAGUGAAGAGCGCUUAUCCGCUGGUGGUGGCCGUCCUACCGGACGUUCCGGCAGAGCAUCGCCAGAUUCUGGAGUCACAGGGAUGCAUCGUCAGGGAGAUAGAGCCCGUGUACCCACCUGAGAAUCAAACUCAAUUCGCCAUGGCUUAUUACGUCAUCAACUACUCCAAACUCCGUAUCUGGGAGUUCGUGGAGUACUCCAAGAUGGUAUACUUGGAUGCGGACAUUCAAGUAUACGACAACAUAGAUCACCUUUUUGAUCUUCAAAAUGGCUACUUUCACGCAGUAAUGGACUGUUUCUGCGAGAAGACAUGGAGCCACACUUCACAGUACAAGAUCGGGUACUGCCAGCAGUGCCCGGACAAGGUCAAGUGGCCUGCAGAGAUGGGCUCACCACCUGCCCUCUACUUCAACGCCGGCAUGUUUGUGUUUGAGCCCAGCAUCUCCACCUCCGACGAUCUCUUGAAGACUCUUCAAGUCACAUCCCCCACGACUUUUGCAGAGCAGGAUUACCUCAACAUGUUCUUCAAGGACAUCUACAUGCCCAUCCCUCCAGUCUACAAUCUGGUGGUGGCCAUGCUAUGGCGUCACCCUGAGAAUAUCGAUUUGGAUAACAUGAAAGUCAUCCAUUACUGUGCUGCGGGAUCAAAGCCCUGGAGAUACACGGGUAAGGAAGAGAAUAUGGACAGGGACGACAUAAAGAUGCUGGUGAACAAGUGGUGGGACAUUUACAACGACGAGACUUUGGAUUACAGGAAUCCGGCGGAGGGCGAGGCCCGGCAGCCAUUCUUAACGGCAUUGUCAGAGGCAGGUUUUGUCAACUACGUUAAGGCACCGUCUGCUGCUUAGGCUAGGGGUCCUGACUCCUGAGUAUUAGCCAGGAAGGCCCGGUUUGAUUUAUGCCCAAAGUGGGUUUUUUUUCUUUUUCUUUAUUUUUUGUGAAGUCGCCAAAUUAUUGAUUGGAAAUAUAUGUAAGGAUGUAAUGGUUUGUUACAUUAAUAUUUAAAUUUGGAUUUAUAUCUA